AUGAAGGUGGCCGUCCUGCUCGAGAAGAUUAAGGACUGGCUUAUCAACCGUAUCAAGAACUUCAGGAAAAAACUCAGCCGCAUCAUCAUGCACCCCUUGCAGCCCACCGAGCUGGCCCCCAUCUCUGAGGAGGAGGAGGAGUUGGUGCAGUCGGUGGCGGAGAAGGUGGCGCUGAACAGUGAGCUGGUGGAGGAGAUGGAGAGAAGCCGGGUGCGAGGAGAUCGACGGCUCGGCAAGCAUUCCGUCUCGCGAUCCUCGAAAGAGGUAGACAGCAAAGCCCUGCGGGAAGCAAGGGGCAACAAGCGCACCACGAUAGUCCAGCGGUACAUCCAGCCGUUCCUCUACAACCGCAGGAAAUUCGACUUCCGCUGUUACCUGCUGGUCACCUCGGUGGGGGGGAUCAAGGCCUACUGGUACGAAGAGGGCUACGUCCGCACCGCCUGCAAAGAGUUCACCCUCAAGAACCUGAACAAGCUGAUCCACCUGACCAACGACGCAGUCCAGAAGAAGAGCGAGGAUUAUGGCAGGUUUGAGACCGGCAACAAACUGUCCUUCCAGGAUUUCCAGAAGUAUCUGGACGGGCUGGGCUCGAGGCUCAGUCUGCAGGAGGAUGUCGUGCCCAAGAUGAUCGCCUUGGCCGUUGACUCUGUCAAAGCCACUUUCACCGAGCUGGAUAAGAAAAGACGGGGCUUUACGUUCGAGCUGUUCGGGCUGGACUACAUGCUGGAUGCCAAUGGCGAGACCUACCUGAUCGAGGUCAACAACAACCCCUGUCUCGAGCUGAGUGCCCCGAUUCUGGCCCGGAUCAUCCCGGCCGUGAUGGAGGGGGUGUUCAAGGUGCUGUGUUGAUCAAUCGCGGUUGACCCGCUGUUCAUGCCACCGGAGGCGGAUAGCUGGCCUCUGCUGAAGCGAGGAGGCUGUCCUGACAAGGUCUAUGAAAACAACCGGUUCAGACUGGUGUUCGACGAAAAGUCGGAGGGCGAGGAGCUGGCCAGCCAGCAGCCCUUCAAAUAG